AUGACUGCCCUGGCUGGCCCCCCCGUGGCGAUAGUCGACGCGCUGAAGCCCGCAGUAGCCGAACACCGAACCCCGAGUCGACUCUGAUAACCCCCGGUGCGACAAGCGGCUAACUCGGCAGAAGUUGGAUGCGUUUGCACACGCUUGCCAAUUCCCGGAGGCUUCGGGCGGGCGUGCGCCGCCUCCGUUCGGCCCCACUCUGCGCAUCGAUCGCAAGCGCUGGACGUGGAAAGGCAAGGCAGGAGAUCCGUGA